AAAACUUGAAGGUACGUCUAUGUAUUUAUUCCUGUUAUUAGAUUCAAGUCCCUCCAUGACUAGCGUUUGUCAAGUCGGCUUAAACUAAUUUUCGAGCAACUUUUAUUGAAAGAAAAAUCUAUCUUCAAGAUGUUUUUAACACGUUCAGAGUAUGAUCAUGGUGUUAACACUUUCUCACCAGAGGGGAGGUUAUUUCAAGUUGAGUAUGCUAUAGAAGCUAUAAAACUUGGUUCCACUGCCAUAGGAAUUGCAACUAAGGAAGGUGUAGUGUUAGCUGUUGAGAAGCGUAUUACUUCUUCUCUAAUGGAGCCAACAACAUUAGAGAAAAUAGUAGAAAUUGAUAAGCAUAUUGGAUGCGCUGCAUCUGGCUUAAUAGCUGAUUCUAGAACAAUGAUCGAUCGUGCUAGAUCAGAAUGUCAAAAUCAUUGGUUUGUUUACAAUGAAAGAAUGUCCGUGGAGUCAACAGCGCAAGCUGUUUCUAAUUUAGCCAUACAAUUUGGAGACAGUGACGGAGACAAUGCUGGUAGUGCUAUGUCACGACCGUUUGGUGUAGCUAUGUUAUUCGCUGGUAUUGAUGAAAAAGGGCCUCAAUUGUAUCACAUAGACCCUUCGGGCACCUUUGUUCAGUUUGAUGCAAAAGCCAUUGGUUCGGGAAGCGAAGGCGCGCAACAGAACCUUCAAGAAGUCUAUCAUAAAUCUAUGACGCUCAAAGAAGCAAUCAAAGCUGCUUUAACUAUAUUAAAACAAGUCAUGGAAGAGAAACUAAACGAUACUAAUAUAGAACUAAUGAUAAUGACGCCAGAGAAUCUGUUUCAUAUGUUCACAAAUGCUGAAUUACAGGAGGUGAUUAAAGAUAUUGCUUAAUCUUUAGAGUGAUUAAAUACAUGUUAAUUACUGACAUCAAUGCAUCAAAUUAUGCCCUGCAAAUAUAUGGUACAUGAAAGCUGUAUAAAUGCAAAGUAUACAUGCAUUUUUCACUCGAAAAAUUUGUAAUUUCUACACAAUGAAUGGUUUUAUAUUUUCAUUUUUUUCAAAACAGUAAAUUGUAAAUGACUUUGAUCUUAUGUCAACAAAUCCUUUUAACACCGAUUCCUAAUCAUAUUUAAUCUUUCACGUAACUUUAGGUCAACGCGACGCAAUAAAUUUUAUAUUCCUGUUUUUCAAUAUAAUUACAGCUAAACUUAAUUGUAAUUCAAGGUCUCGUAAUUCCCCGGAACAACGAUAUUCUUGGGUUGGUAACUAGGGUUGAGUGGGUGGGUUCCCGACAUUUCGAGUUCGGGUAGGGUCUCGAAAGUUUGCGAGAUAUCGAAGUCAGGUUAGGUAAUGCUCAAGUCAAGUCGAAUUAUAAUUUACAAUCAAUUGAAAAUGAUUAUUCAAGCAUUCAUUUAACAGAGUCGCAUACAAGCUGCAUUAAUUACGUUACGAUACUGAUCGAGUUUCGAUACUAUCGCAAGCUCGCGGGCCCCGACUCGAUCCGACACCCACCUCUAGUUUUUACUUGUGACAGAAUAAUUUAUGGAGUUGUACUUCAAUUUUUUCAAUCAAUUUCUUAUAUUUAUAACUGUUUCUUUAAACUUUUAAUUUAGCAAAUCGAUAAUCUACCGUCAUCGAAAGAAGAUUCAUUAAGAUCAAGAUCCAAUACCUCUGGUCCACUCCCAACCAUAUCCAGUAUUGGCUGACAAAUGAGAAGAAGCUUAAUUUUUUUUAAUAUUUAUAUUUCCUAUCUCACAAUUGUUUCUCCCUACUUACAAAGGUAGCAUAUAAUAAAACAUGUUUG